AUGUCAAUUAGUCCCUUAGUAUUUGUUAAAUCGUGGACAGCUCCUUCAGGAAAUUUGGAGGACAUCCGCAGAUUUGCUAACGACGUAUCCCGGCUCGAUUUCUCACAAGUGUCGUCGGUGAAUGAAACAAUAUCGGUGGAAGCAAACAAAAACCAUUCUAUAGAUAUAAACGAUGGCAUAGAAAGUGCUUGGAUAGAUGAGGAAGUGACAACAGCACCUGUUGAUGAACGUAUGCUAGAGUUUCUGCGCCAAUUGAAGAGUGUUGUCAACAGAAUCCAGAAUUCCUCUACGAUAACAGAAUUAGCGUCUCUGAAAAGUGAUGUUGAUAACUUGUGUGCCUCCGCUAGAGAAUCCGAAGGGACAGCUUUAAGUUUCGGCUUGCUCACGAAAACUUUAAUGACUAAUACUAUGAAUGAUCUGGUCGAACGAGAUACGGAAGCUUUUAAUACGUUUGUGAAGGAACAACUUAAUUGGCCGCAUACGAAUGUCAAAUCCCUGUCGAAAGAAACCAUAGAUGAAUUGCUCCGGAAAGCAUCCCUUCUAUGUGUUGCCGACCCAACAGACGAGAAAGAGAAUCUACUGCUGUUAAUGAAAUGCAUUUGCAGACCUUUCAACAUCCAAUUCAAGUAUCAUUUUAUGACUGAGAAGAAGACGAACACUCCAUCAAAACCGGAGUGGUUUUAUGAGUUCGCUCUUAAAGUAUUUCGUUCGUCUCUGAGUUUUAUUCAGUUGUUUCAACAGAUAAUGCCGGAGGGAAUGAUCGCUGUCCACGAGUUUAUGAAGGUUAUGCAAGAGUUAAUGAAGGAGAAAAUAAACCUAAUAAUGGACCUCGAUGUUCACUUAGCGCAUCUAAUUCGUGAAACGUUGUACUAUUCCACAAAACUGAAGCAGUUGUACAAUUUCCCUCAGAAGGAUUCUUUAUCGCUAUACCUUCUUAAGCAGCCCAUGGUUUAUUCCCGCUGGUUGGAUAUAGAAGCUGCUGAUGUGAAAAUGCAAUUGAAUGCUAUAGAGUCGUCUAAAGAUGCAUGGGAAUUGGCUCGAGAUGAUGUGGAAGAGCUUUACACUGCUGUGCCCAUAAAAUCCUUCGUAUUGUAUCGGAACGCAAUGGCGUCUUUAAAAUCCAUUCUUGAAAUGAUACCUUGCGAAGAGUUUUGCCGUGGGUUUUUUCAUACACUUCAAUUGAAACCGUCUAUUCAAUUUGUCGACUGGCUCGAAUCGUACUAUCAGAAUCAUGAAGGCUCUACAACUCUCAUUCCCGGAGGUGCGCAUGUUACAUCUGAGCAGAGUUUUUCGGAAGUGAGACGAAUGUGUAAACUGUAUGGCGCAUUUAAGCUUUUGCUUGACUGGCAUCUCGACUUGGAAGAUGAAGAAGUUUACAUAUUGUCUCAGGAAACGAACUUGGAGAAACCCGUAGACAAGCAAGUCCUUGCGGAGGAAAGUUCUGUGUUCCUGCCACUAAGAAAAAGGCUAUCCAAGCUUUGUAAUCAAACAUUCGAGCUGCUUAUGCAUCGUGUAACUCAAUACCUUGAAGCCACAUUUGAUAGUUUCGCUUCUAUAAAUACAUGGACGCUUCAAGAGAAGCCACCGAGUGACAAAAGCUAUGAAGGCUCAAUUUCACCAGAAGCUGUGGGUUUCGAUAUUGCAUUGAGAAGACUUAUCAACUCCAUUCAUGAGAUUAUUCUUGGAGCCCCGUUUUUUGAAAUUGUUUGCCGUAUCGCUGAUAUUGUGGAAGACUGGUUGUUGCAUAUAAUGCAUACUCACCAAUUCAGUAAUCGGGGUGCUGUUCAGUUCGCUCGCGACAGCUUGCAGUUUCUUACAGCAUUCUCUGAUUAUCCUCUCGUUCAGAUGAAACGGCUGACAAGCUCUUUGCCGUUGCUUACCUUUGAACAAACUGAGAAGCUUUGUAUUAAGGAUCUUCUUCGACAAAUUAACAAUGGAGACUACGAGACGCUGAAGACUAUUAAUCCAGAAAACACGCUGAGUCCUAGCGAGUCACUCGAUGUUUUGUAUAGAAGAGUCGACACUUGGAGUCGUGAUAAUUAA